AUUUGUGAAGUUGUGAAUGGGAUAACGCCGAUAGCGUAAGACGAGUGAGGAGACUUCUCCGGCGAUGGCGUCGUCUUCCGUCACCUUAACCGCCGCAAUCUCUUCCCCUGUCUACAACCACAGUGAUAUCAACGGAGUUAGAAGCUUCUCGCGCCGCCGCACAACACUGCCGCCGAAUGCUACGAGGUGGACGAGGAAAUGUUUCAGAACUUCGGUUGUGGUGGAAGCGGCGACGGUGGCGAAGAAGAAGAAGAACGCUAUGGAGUACAGGAAGCUAGGAGACUCCGACCUAGUUAUUAGCGAGGUUACAUUGGGAACCAUGACAUUUGGGGAGCAAAACACCGAGAAAGAAGCUCACGAGAUUCUGAGUUAUUCAUUUGAACAUGGCAUCAACUGCAUAGACACUGCUGAAGCAUACCCUGUUCCAAUGAAGAAGGAAACUCAAGGUAGAACAGAUCUUUAUAUCGCCAGUUGGAUGAAGUCCCAGCCAAGGGACAAGAUUAUUCUGGCAACUAAAGUAUGUGGGUAUUCAGAGAGAUCAUCAUAUGUGCGGGACAAUGCCAAGGUUUUGCGUGUGGAUGCUGCUAAUAUCAAGGAAAGCGUAGAGAAAAGUCUUAAGCGCCUCGGCACUGAUUACAUUGAUUUGCUGCAAAUUCACUGGCCAGAUCGGUAUGUACCACUCUUUGGAGAGAGUCAUUAUGACCCGUCAAAAUGGAGACCUAGUGUACCAUUUGUAGAACAACUGAGGGCCAUGCAGGAUCUCGUAGAAGAAGGCAAGAUUCGGUACGUCGGUGUUUCAAAUGAAACAUCAUAUGGAGUCAUGGAGUUUGUUCACGCGGCAAAAGUUGAAGGACUGCCAAAGAUCGUGAGCAUCCAGAACAGCUACAGCAUGCUAGUUAGAUGCCGUUUUGAAGUUGAUCUCGUGGAGGUAUGCCACCCAAAAAAUUGCAACGUUGGCUUACUCGCUUAUUCUCCGCUGGGAGGCGGUUCGCUGUCAGGGAAAUAUCUGGGUGAAGACUCCGAAAUUACAAGGAAGUCGAGGCUGAAUCUUUUCCCAGGAUACAUGGAACGAUACAAAUCAUCGCUUGCCAAGGAAGCUACGAUAAAGUACGUGGAACUGGCGAAGAAGCAUGGUCUAAGUCCGGUGGAGCUGGCCCUGGGAUUCGUACGUGACCGACCCUAUGUGACGAGCACAAUCAUCGGGGCAACCUCCGUGGAGCAGUUGAAAGAGGAUAUGGACGCUUUUCUCGCGACGGAGCGGCCGUUCUCGCCGGAAGUUAUGGCCGGCAUUGAAGCCAUCUUCAAGAGGUACACGGACCCCGCUUUCUUCUGACACCUCCUUUCUAAGUGAACGUUAAUAAACUCUAUUGUUCUCCUUUUUUUUUUUCUCUCGAUUAAUAUUUGAUUAAAUAUGGACCGACAUCAAGAUCUACUGCUUCCCAUUCCCCACGUUCUCAGAUUCUCUCCUCUUUAUUGAUGGGUUGAACACCUUGUUUUAUA